AAACAUUUGGUCCUGUUUGUCUUAUAACGUUUGUUAUGAAUUGGGACUUUAUAAAUGGAGUGAAUUCAAUUGAAAUCCACCAAUUAGUGGGUUAUGUGUGUGUAUACAUUUGCUGAGAGCAUUAUUAUUAUUUUUUGUAGUAGUAAUCUAUUGUUAAACAAACUGUGGAACAAUUCUUGGAGGUAAAUUUAUGGAUCCCAUCCUGGAAAGGUUUGAGUUUUCUCAAAAUCAGUGAAAUUGAUGUUCCUGGUCUGACAUCAUUCAUUAUAAAAAGCAGAUGUGUAGAAAAUAAAUGAACAUUUUGAACUUUACCAACAUCACUCUGGCCCGCACCAACGACUUCUCUUAAAUGACUCGUCGAUUUUAUUCUUAUUUUACAUGCACGGUCCUGAACGCACCACGAAUUGUUGACUUUCAAACCGAGUUCCUUCCCGGGAGCUGAUUGGUCGCUGUUGAGCUCGACGCGGGAAACUUUCCCGCUCCUGAAAGUUGCCGUCCGGGGGUGAAAUUUACAAACUUCGUGGGUUUGUUGUUUUUUAGUUGAAAGGUCAUCGUCUUGCGACAUGUUCUACUACCCAAAUGUCCUCCAGCGCCAUACUGGAUGUUUUUCCACAAUCUGGCUUGCAGCCACAGGAGGCAUCCGGGUCACUCGCAGGGAGUUCCUCAGGGUCAACGUAAAGCGGACAUGCAACGACAUCUUGGAGUACGUGACGGGGCAAGUUCCUGCUCUGGAGCCCAACCAGUCCAGGCCUCGCUUCUCCCUCUACCUGUCGUCUCAGCUGCAGUACGGCGUGGUCGUCAUCUACCACAAGCAGUGCGCCUUCUUGCUCGAGGAGGUCCAGCAAACUAUCGACCGCUGGCUCCGCUACAAAAGACUCGUUCAGAUAGACCUGGCUGAAUCCGACAGGAUGGCUCUGGAUCUUCCCGACGGCCUCAACAUGAUGGUGGAGGCCGAGGGAGCUCUGGACCCCUUCUUUGGUCUGAUGGCCUCCCACCAGCUGCCCAGCCCCUACAGAAUGGUCCCGACCGAGUUUGCGACUGAGGAUUUGGUUUUGCAGAACUUUACGGUGUCCAGCCCCACCAACAAACCAGACAAUCAAGCAGGUUUCGUUUCGCCUCUGGCUGCCAUCACACUAACAGAGAAGGAGCAGUUUGUCAUCAACACUGCUGAGGAUUUCGACGGAGCCGAGCUUCCCGAAGCCACAGCCAGAGACAUUCAGUUUCUGAUGGAUCAGCCUGAUUACUUCAGGAGAGAAGACGAGGAGCCUAACGAGAGGACAGGGGACCAAGCCGUCUCAUCCUUUGGCGUCCGGCUGAAGGACACGACGCUCGGGACAGAGCAGGACGUCAUGUGGCUGCUGGACGAGGAGACCGGGGAGCCCCUGGAGGUUCCUCUGGCAGCCGUGGCCCCUGAAAUGACCCCUGAGCACGUAGCGAUGCCACCGGAGAGCGUAGGGGACAGAGCUGCAGAGAGCCUCUGUGACGAGGCGGUGGGCCGUCCUCUGAGGACGCACGGCGGGAGACGCAGGCGCCAGCUGGUCUUUGUGGACCCUGAGGUCCAGAUCCCUGACCAAGAAAUACAUCAGCAGAUUGAAGAUCCACUGAUCGAAACUCUAGAUAUGGCGGAGGUGUUGGUGGACGUCCCUGCGCUGACCCGGAGGGCCUCUCCUGCUCAGCUCUUCAGCGCCCCCUGUGGAUCUCUCGUCCACCCCGACCUCCUGUCGCUAUGGAAACAGCGGGCCUCCAUCGCCAUCCAGAGGAAGAGCGGGGCGGCGCAGAGAGCGGAAGAGGAGUCAGAGCAGGACAUGGAGAUCCUGCGGACGGAGAGGAAGCGGAGGCACUCGCGCAUGAAGGAGAUGAGCAGCCAAUCAGGACUUCAAACCACUGAGGGCUCCUCUGUGUUAGAUGCCAUGCUGGAGAUGCCCGAUGAAGAUAAGUGUGGAAGUGACGUGACGACUCCCGUCAGCAGAUGGUCUCCACAUGAGGACGUCCAGCCACCAAUGGAGCCGAUAGCCGAGGAAAACAUGGAAUUGCCCGAGGCUGAGAGCGACACACAGUACAUGCUGAGCGAGAUCGCCUCCAUCCUGCAGAGAUCUGGUGAAGCCGCCUUUGACUCUUUGCUGCCCCCAAAGGCUGACCGCUGUACUGCAGCUCGCACUAUGAACAAACUGCUGGAGCUGCUGUCAGCUGGACAGGCGACGGCCCGUCAGACCGAGCCCUACAGUAGCAUCGCCAUAGCGCCAGCAGCGCUCGGGACGCCGAUCUGAACACUGACGGUUCACAGCCGAAUGAAUUGAUUCUUCUAUAAAUUCCUUUUUUUUAAAUGCAAUUGAUCAGCAAUCAUUUGUUUCAUCAGUUUGCAGUUUUUAAAAAUUAAAGCCAAUUUUACUGAAGUUUUAAUCUUUUAAAUAUUUAACGUAUUUAUAUGUUUUAAUCAUUAUUUUAAAUACAUGUUAAUAGUGUUUACAUAUUGAGUUUUAUUCAAGCUUUUUUCUAUUUUAGACCAGUAAAUGUUACAAAAAGCAACUUUGAUUGUGUUG